AUGUUCCUUCGUUCUCGGUUCACUGACGCGACGCUAUUAGACCCCUUCGCCGAGGCGGAAGAAACGCCUGGUGAAUCCCAGCAGACCCAGAACUACAUCCAUAUUCGUAUCCAGCGUGCGUUCCGCCCAGCUAUCUUCCCAUACUUCAUCCGCGAUUGUCUCGAAACUGCUCGGUUCGGUCCGCCUGUGGAAGUCCGGUUGCCCGCCACGGCUGGUCUUCCGAAGAAAUUCGAUCAGAAGAAGAUCCUGAAGGUCAUCAAGAAGAAGUUCGCCUGCAAUGGCACCAUCGUGACCGACACCGAGAUGGGCGAGGUGAUUCUGCUCCAGGGCGACCAGCGCAAGGAUGUCCAGGAGUUCCUCACCAACAAAAAGGAGGGCUUGGAUCUUGAUGGGAAGACCAUCAAAGUCCACGGUUUCUAA